AUGGCUCAAAUCCGUGGCACCGCCGGGUACAAUCUCGGCCAUAGCAACCCGUUCGUGGGCCCCGGUCGUGCUGAUGCCACCAGCGAUCCCAGCCCCCUCGACGCCAUCCGCGAACACACCAGCAAGAUCGAGGACUGGCUCGAGACCCUGUCCGAUCCCGUCAAGCCGUAUCUCCCUGCAAUUGGCCGUUUCUUGAUCGUCGUCACCUUCCUUGAAGACUCUCUGCGGAUAUUGACGCAAUGGGGCGACCAGCUCUCCUACUUGCACGAGUUCAGGCAUUUCCCCCGAGGUGUCUCUCAUAUCUUCCUUAUCUUGAACGUCAUCGCGAUGUUGAUCUGCUCCGUCCUCGUCAUCGCCCGUAAACACAGCGAAUACGCCGUUGCCGGUCUCCUGGGUGUUGUUGUUUCUCAGGCCAUUGGAUAUGGAUUGGUCCUCGACCUCAGCUUCUUCGUUCGCAAUCUCAGUGUUAUCGGUGGGCUUCUAAUGGUGCUCUCUGAUUCGUGGGUCCGCAAGAAGUUUGUUCCCGCCGGCCUUCCCCAGCUCGAGGAGAAGGAUCGCAAAAUGUACGUUCAGUUCGCCGGACGCGUCCUGCUGGUCUUCUUGUUCCUUGGCUUCAUCUUCUCUGGCGACUGGGGCUUUUGGAGAAUUGCUGUCAGUAUUCUUGGCUUCAUUGCCUGUGUCAUGGUGGUCGUUGGGUUCAAGGCCAAGUGGAGUGCAACUAUCCUGGUUGUGGUGCUCAGUAUCUUCAACAUCUUCGUUAACAACUGGUGGGCGCUUCAUUCCAAACAUCCGCACAAGGACUUUGCGAAAUAUGACUUCUUCCAGACGCUCUCCAUUGUUGGUGGCCUUCUCCUCCUGGUAAACAUGGGCCCUGGUCAGCUCAGCAUGGACGAAAAGAAGAAGGUCUACUAA